CAUUGAAAAUUCACAAAUACUAAGAUCAACUUGCAAUAAAAGCGCUUGAUUUUACAAAUAAGAUUUUUGUUAAAAUCAGGUGUAAUCGGAUGAUUUUGAAUGCAUAAAGGACCCAGCUGGGGGAGAAGCUUUCUUGGAAUUUAUUUCAAAUUCAAAUAAAAUGGAAAAAGAAAAAUCCCCAAAGAAAAAGGAUUGGCCAAAGACACCAGAGGACUCUUCCGUAAAACCUGCCUAUGAAGAAUUCUGGGAAAAUGAACUAGAAGAGAUCAUCCCCGAAGAAGAAGGUGAGCAGUCAGAAAGUUUGAGCACUACAUUUUCACAGCUUACGAUCCAAGGUAGCACAGCACAGCCUGCAUCUCUUGGAGCCAUUAUCCCUUUUGUAAAAGAGCUUUUAGAAAAUUUAGUCGCCAAAAGACCAGAGAAUGUGAUAGAAUAUUUUGGCGAAUUCAGCAGACGAGUACAAGAGAAAAUCAAAGAGACUUUCGGCAUUGGCGAUGUAUAUUUUCAACCAUUUGCCGAGCUUUACACUCGUUGGAUGAGAUCUUUUGUGUUAGGUUUUGAAAAGGUCAAAGAUGAAAAUGACACUGAUGUUGUUAAUCCUGUGCAGCCUGUACUUGAAGAAUCAAAUGAAGAAGAAGAAGAGAUACCGAAGAAUGAUGCGUAUUAUGCAAUGCAUAUUAUGGAAUACACACUAGAGGAUGAUGAUUUCGAUGAAAGUGGAAGACACGGUAAGGUAGUAUUUUACGAUCCAAAAAUUGAUUAUGAAUACAGUGAAUUUGAAUAUAAUUUUCUUGACCAAAUGAGAAUUUUUGAUGAUGUCGGUCUUGGUCUGACAAACCACGAAAAGUAUGAAAUACAUUUUGCCUUGCACAAACUGGUAAAACAGCGAAAUUUACAAAAUUUGAAAUUUUGGGGGAAAAUUAAAGGUUUAUACAAAGAUUAUUAUAUUCUAGAGUGUGAUAUGUAUGCAAUUGAGGAAGAAAUAAAAGAUGAGUUAGAAGAAAUCAUAGAACCACCCCCUAUGUUAAAGAAGAAAGAUAGUAUGGAACUUUUUUCUGAGGAAGAGGAGGAGACUGACGUACCAUAUAUUUUAGAUAAGGUUUUUCCAGACAGUGAAAUAGAAGGAGAACUUGACAUCAAUGAGCCUGAGAUUGAAGCUCUUCCAGAAGAACUGGAUGAAGAGUUUGCAAACUUUCCAGUAGAGGAGCCCGCUCAACAAAUACUGUCAGAAGAGAGAGUGGAAGAAGAAGAGACACCACCCAAGACUCCUUCAGUUUUUGAAUUGGAAAUUGCAGAUGAAGAUUUUAAGAAUAUGCCUUUAAAUAAAAUAACUCUCAAAAAUUAUAAAUUACCUCCUUUACCCGUUCCAAAAUGGAAGCCAGAAAAACAACCUCCAAUGGAAGAUCCUGGGGAAGGAGUAAAUAAAAAAAUUUAUUUCGUUGCCAACAAUCCGAAAUGUGAGUGGAUCCGUCUGCCACAUGUCACACCUGAACAAAUCGUAGUUGCGAGGCAAGUGAAAAAAUUUUUUACAGGAUAUCUAUCUGCAAGAAUAUUAAGUUACCCAACUUUUCCCGGUAUUGAAAUGAAUCUUUUGAGAGCCCAAAUAGCCAGGAUAUCUGCCGGUACACAGAUAUCACCUGCGGGAUAUUUUCGUUUUGAUGAAGGAGAAGAAGCAUAUAACCCUGAUGAUGUCGCUGCAGGAAAGGGUAAUGUUUUAAUCAAUAAAGAAUUUGAUCCGAUGGCAAUAAAAGACUUGACUGACCCGACGCUUGCCUUCUGGGUGCAUCACACUCCAUACAUUUUAAAGCAGGGGAGAACAAUAUGGUAUAACGUCAAUAAAAAAAAAGCGCCUAUGAGAGAAGAAAUGUUUGGAGAGUUUGGUGAAAUGGGUGAAGACGAAACACCAGGUGAAACAGGUCCACCGUUGUUAACUUCACUGGCAGAAGACGUCCCAUAUGAAGGCAUACCACCUUGGACGGUCAGGCCGGCGCUCGAACUCGCUCCAGCAGAUGCAUGCGUCUAUGUACGGUCGAAUCUGUGGCCAGGUGCCCAUUCGUUCAGCUGGGGCAGGAAAAUUGGUUUUCUUUACAUUGGCUGGGGAAUGAAAUACUGGCCUAGCGGAUUCACUCCCGCUCUGCCGCCACCUCCACAGCUUGAGUACCCACAAGGGCCUGACAUCAAAGAAGACCGAGAUCCAACAGUUGCUGAAGAAGAUGAUUAUAAGAAACAACUUGAAGAAUGGUGGAAGAAAAUGCAUCCUCCAAUGCUUCCCGUUGCAGGUGAAGGAGAAGUUGAAAGCGAAGAUGAUGUAUAAUAUCAAUCAAGUGUUAGGAUUUUAUCAUUAUUAUAUAUUAUUUUUUUAAU